AUGAGCUGGGAGAGAUGUGCAGGAAAGAAGCAGAUACAGAGUCGAAGAAUAGCAGCACCAGCAGCAUUAAAUAAAACAUCAGUAGAAGCAGCCAACAAGGCAAAAAAACAGGAAAAUGUAUCGGUAUCAUCGAGUUUACCAGCACAGAUAGCCCCUGAAAUUGAGGAUGAAGCACAGAGAGUUCAAAAGCUGAAUGAGCUUACAAACCAGCUGGAUAUUGAAAACAAGAUCAAAGAAGGAGCAGAAAAUCUUUUGCAGGUUUUUGAUAUAAAAACAGCUGAUCAGGAGGGUGAAAACCAUGCAAUAUUAAGAAGAAAGAUUGAACUGGAGUUGGAUGCAGCUAAUAUGAAAAUUGCACGAAUAAAAAUGCAGAUAAACGAAAUAAAAUCAAAUAAUUCAUGUGGGGCUAUUUUGGGUCAUUUAAAUGUAAAAAUAAUUGUUUCAGAUGCAAAAUUUACGUCAAACACGAUCUAUGAUCAAGAUAUCGAAAACUCCGUCAUGUGCUAUAAUGAGUUCCAGCAUCCUACACAAGCAUUUAUGCGGAAAAAAGAAAAAGAUGAACAUACAGAGAUGAUUAAUCCAGUACAAACGUUGGAGUCUGCCUUUAAGCGUUUAGAUGAGACUAUUAAUGACAAGGUUCACUAUAUAAAGUGCACAAAUCAUCUUAUAUCACUUCUCAAAACGUAUUCAACGUUAAAAUAUGACUUGAAUUGGGAAGCACUUCGAUACCACUUAUGUAAUAUGUUUUCAAGUCCGAAUACAGAUAAAGUGGCAUGUGGAUAUCGUCUUUCAAGAUACGCUAUUUGUGAUUUAGAAUCUAUAUCUUUUUUGAAAAAAAUUCAUCUAGAAUAUGCAAUUAUACGAUCACUUUCUAAAGAUAGUAGUGCAUCAAAUGAACGUGAACAGGCUUUAAAGCUACUUAGAUCAUUUUAUGAAAUCAAAGGUGGUAUAUCUGAGAUAUCCAAAAGUGUAGUUAGUGCCGUCGUAUCUUUAGCUGAGCAUUCAGGAGAUAAAAUGUCGUCGAUAUGUGUAGAGACGUUAGCUGAAAUGAGUAGCAGAAGUAAUAUUUUUGAAUGUACAAUUAAUGUUAUAUUAGUUGUGUUGGAUCCAGCAUUAAUUAUUUCCUCGGGUGGUAAUAAGGUAUUACUUCAAACUUUAAGCGAUGGACCAUUCGAGAUUGCGAAUGAACUUGUUAAAUUAUUUAUAUUUCUUUUAGAUGUUCCCUCUACAAGAAAAUACGUUCGACCUCAAAGCGAUCUUCAACUUAUUGUUUCUAACCUUACUAAUAUUCAUCCCAUGAUGGAAGAAUACAAAGUAAGAUAUUGUGCAAAUGCAGUAGCAACAAUGAUAAAGUCUUGGUCGGGACUGAUUUAUAUGAGUAUGUAUAAUAUGCGGUCAAUUCGCUCUUUGAUUGAUGCAUUACGUAUAUCUUCUUCUAGAUGCCGGGAUACAAUUCUUGAUCUUUUAUAUAAUAUUUUUAGAAUACAACCGUCCUCUAUAACGUCAACAUUUUUGGCCGGUAGAAGACUUACAACUUGGGGAAGACCAUUUCCACAUGGUCAACAAGAACCGCAAAAUGAAAAUAUAUUUUCAAAUAAGUUUAUCGAAUCUGGAAGAAAUGAUUUAUCACAACAGUUUUUAGCAUUAAUUGUCAUUGUAUUUAUAGAUAUUGGAAUACUGGAUGCUUUAAUGACUAUUGCAGAAGAUUCUAAAGAUAAAAUGAUUUUUCGGAAAGCAACAUUGCUAAUUGUAGAACUACUUCAGUUAGUAAAUAGAAUUUUGCCAUUAAAAUAUGGUACCAAGCUUCAGUUUCUUCCAAAAUUAUUUGUGUCUGCAUUAGAAUUUGAUAAUAAGUUUCAUCCUGCCGCAACGUCUGCUCUUCUUCAAAUAGAGUCUUUGAAUAGAGCAAAAAUGAAAAUUAGCUCUAUUCAACAAAAAGAACAUUAUUCAGGGUCAGAAAAUUUCUUAAAAAGAGGGCGAAGACAGCUUGAACAAAUUAAACUUAAGCUAGGCCUACAAAUCGACGAUAUUCGUUUCAGAACUCUUCUAUUAGAUACUCAGGUUUUAAGCACUAAAAAUUAUAAAAAAUGGAGAUGGGAUAUACUUGUUGAACUUUUACAGGGACCUUUGUUAAAUCCAAAAAGGUUAGAAGAAUCUAUUCGAUCUACAAAAUUUAUGAAACGUUUAUUGUCUUUUUACCGACCGUUUAGUUAUAGGUUUUCUAAUAUUAAACAAACAAAACCCAAUCAGCGCUAUGUUAGAAUUGGUCGAAUGGUUUUCACUACAUUACUUGCUAAUCCAGAGGGCGUACGUUAUUUAGCAGAUAGCAAACUUUUAAGACAAAUUUCAGAAUGUCUUGCUCAACUUGAUCCAAUAAGUGGUGUUUCUUGUCCAUAUCCUUUAUUUUCAAAACAACGCUUAGAAGAAACAUUGACAUCAGGAUAUUUUGUUUUACUUGGGACUUUAUCUGAAAAUAAAGAAGGAAUUGCGAUGAUGGAAAAAUUAAAAAUAUUUAACAUGUUUUAUCAUCUUACAGAACUUCGAAGUCGUGAUGAUCUAAUUUUGAAUUUUAUAACAAAUAUGGAUUAUAGAUUCCAAGGACAUCCUCGUAUAAUUCUUUCAAAGGCUCUUACUACAGGAUUGAAGGAUGUGCGACUUUUUGUUACGAAGCAUUUGGGAACACUUUUAUCUCCAAAUAAAAAAAUAUCUACCAAAAAUACUAAAGUUACAGAAUGGGCUAUCUAUUUACUUGUUACUCAGUUAUAUGAUCCUUCUAUCGAAGUAUGUCAAAUGGCUGUUAAAGUUUUAGAAAGAGCAUGCUAUGAUUUCGAAAAUCUUCAAUAUACAUUAAAACUACGUCCAACAUUAGAACAUCUUGGUGAUAUUGGCGCACCAUUACGUUUAAGAUUUUUGGCAUCGUCUAUAGGAUUUAAUUAUCUUAAAGAAGUUGAUUAUAUCGAGAAAGAAAUGGAUAAUUGGUUCCAUGAACAAAAUGAAUCUUAUGUAAACUAUGUAGAGAAUCGUCUUUCAUUAGCAUUUUUGCUUACAAAUAAUAAUGACAUUGAUAGUCUUAUUCCACCUCAUUUUUAUGGAGAAAUCAUUAAAACAUUUGAAGGAUGUCAACUUUUAAAAAACAAAGGGCAUUUUGAGCAUUUUGCUUCUUAUAUUUUUAAUCAUAAAGAUGAAUAUGAGGAUAAAAAUAUUAUCCUUCAGUUAAAAAGUUCUCUUUGGGCUAUAGGGAAUAUUGGUUCUCAUAAUAAUGGUUUUCCAUUUCUUGAAAAUAGUCGAGUAAUUCCUGAAAUUGUAUAUAUAGCAGAAAAAUCACAAGUAAUGAGUCUUAGGGGAACUGCAUUUUUUGUAUUAGGAUUAAUUUCUAUAAUAACACCUGUUUCCAAAAUAUUAGAACAAUAUGGAUGGGUAUCUGUUUUUACUAGUUUUGGUAUCCCUAUUGGUGUUUGUAUUCCAAAUGAUAUUAAAAAAAUAUUAUUUUUAGAACCAUGGCAUUAUCAAUCAUGCACAUCUGAUUCUGAAGAGGAUAUAUCUAAGUUAGCCUUUAAAAAUGAUAUUCAAGCUAGUAUUUUAAAAGCAGUAAUUGAUUUAUCUAGUCAUAUUUUAGCCAAUAAAGCAGUCAAAUCUCUUUCAAGGCUAAAAUUGAAGUAUCCUGAAGAAUUUAAAUCAUUGGAUCUUUAUAAAUCAGUUCUUAAAAUUCUUACACGUUAUCGUUAUCGACAGCCUGUUCGAAAGUUUAUCUUAGAAAUGUUUUCGUGCGAUAUAUUUUACCAGGAUUGUGAAAUAUUACACAAUAAUAAUACAUAG